CAACUUCUCAUAGAUCAAGAAACUUCACGAUAAAAUAUUUUUAUCUGAUAUAUAUGACCUUUUACAUUGCAAUUAUUGAAUUUCAUUAGUUCCUCAAUGUAUACUUAGUAUUUUUUUUUGUAUUUCAUAUUUACAUCGACAAAACCAUGGUUAUUGCAGUAAGCUAUUUCUAGCUAUAAAGAGGUCAGAAAUAAAUUAUAUGUUUUUGGUUUAGUCUAAAGUAAUCAAUUUGUUGAUGGUCAUCCCACCAAUUCAUGAAAAACUAAUCCAUUUCGAUAUUUUGAGAAAAUCAUGAGAUGGCACCAUGGGAAUAUUGUGCUAAUUUAUUUGGAACUUACUUCGUUGUGUUCAUCGUUUCUAUUGGUCAUACCUCAUUCUUCCUGAUUUCUUUCACGAUGAGUUGGCCAUCUCCAGUUCUUGCCAAACUGGGCCAGACCAAAGAUAACCCCCUGGGGAGACCCAUAUCACAAAACGAAAGUGAUCUCAUUGGAUCUCUUCUAUUUGUUGGAGCAUCCGUUGGACCUUUACUCUUCAUCCAUAUUGUGAAGAUAUUUGGACGUAAAAAAAGUUUGAUAGUACUCCUGGCUAUUGUACCAAUAUCUUAUGGUCUAUUGAUAGUCGGAAAAGUUGUAGAAAUAUAUUAUAUUUGUAGGUUGUUGCUAGGUCUAUAUAUAGGAGGUACUUUAAGUGUAUUUCCUGUGUAUAUCACAGAGAUAAUUGCUUCUGAUGAUGCUGCUUUCUUUAUGUCUUUCGGAGGCUUGUUCGGGUUCUCAGGAAUCUUGGUGGCUUAUGCUAUAGGACCUUUCAUACCCCUGGAAUACUUCAAUGGGUGCAUUGCAGUAUUUGCAGUAAUAAUUUUGUUUCUACUAGCGUUCGGUUGUCCCGAAAGUCCAUACCACAUAAUGCAGGUUAAGGGAAAGGAUGAAGCUAGAAAAGUACUAAAAACGCUCAGAAAGCAAUGCAUUGAGAAAGAACUGGAACAGAUAGAAAACACUAUAGAAAAUGAAACUUCGAAAUCUUGCUUGGACAUCUUCAAGAAGAAGUAUUUCAAAACUUUCGUUCUAGCUACAACUCCCCUGCUUGCUCAACAAUUCUGUGGUAUAACGCUUAUAAUAACUUACAGCCAGUUGAUUUUUCUGGAGACUAAUUUGGCUAUACCUUCUCACAUCUGUUCUAUAAUUGUUGCUGGAUUGCUUGAAUUGACUUGUUUUCUGGCACCAACUUUACUCAAAUCGAAGAGGUUCUCAUUGAGAAGCUUGAUGAUUUUGAGUUUAUCAGGUAUGGGCUUUUCUAACUUGGCGAUAAGUCUCUACUUUUUCUAUGGAAAAAAUAUACCAACACUGAACUGGAUACCACUGGCAAGUUUGAUCGUAUUCGUUAUUUUCUUCAACUGUGGGUUGGAUCCUAUAGCAUGGACAAAACUUGGACAAACUUACCCAAAGAAUGUCAACUUUGUUGGAACAGCUUUAUCAACCAGUCUUUAUUUUAUAUCCAUUUUUCCGAUUCUCUAUAGUUUUUAUAAAGUUGAUAUAACAUAUUUGUUUUUAAGCAGCUUCGUGUGUUGUUCUUUAGGUAUAGUUUAUACCAAAUUUGUUUUUGCUGAAGUAGCUAAGAAAAAUCCUGAAGAUGUUCAUCUUCAAAGAGCUCUUAUUUGAAUUAGAAUCAUCGUGAAGUCUCUGUAAAUGUGAAUGAUUGUAUAAGUUCAACUGAUACUUUCAAAAUAUUUGUUACUUCAUAGUUAUUGUGUUUCAUUAUAGUAUAAUUGAAGCUCACAUUUUCGUGGAUAUUUAUCAAUUGGAAUAAAACAAUGAAUUGACAU